UCUAAGGCAUUCGCUCGCAAUGGCUCGUACGAAGCAGACAGCACGUAAAUCCACCGGAGGAAAAGCCCCCAGAAAACAACUGGCAACCAAAGCUGCCAGGAAGUCGGCCCCGGCGACCGGAGGAGUCAAGAAACCCCAUCGUUACAGGCCCGGAACUGUUGCCCUUAGGGAAAUCCGUCGGUACCAGAAAAGUACUGAACUUCUCAUAAGGAAAUUACCUUUCCAGAGGUUGGUCAGGGAAAUUGCCCAGGAUUUCAAAACAGACUUGCGUUUCCAGAGUUCCGCCGUCAUGGCUCUCCAAGAAGCUUCGGAAGCCUAUUUGGUUGGUCUUUUUGAAGACACUAACUUGUGCGCCAUCCACGCCAAGAGAGUCACCAUCAUGCCUAAGGAUAUCCAACUCGCUAGACGUAUCCGUGGUGAACGUGCUUAAGCUGUGUUCCAAUUAAUUUUCAACGGCCCUUUUGAGGGCCACAAA